UGUAUCCAUGAAGUCGUUACUACAAAGAUGGCGGAUUUCCUGCCCUCUCGGACUGCUAUAGUUUGUAUUCCCAAUUGUCUUCUCUCCAGCGGCGAAAUUGACCAAAUUAGAAAGUCUAAGGCGAUCGAUAAAAGCCUGCUUCGAGAGAAGACUCACGUGAAGAAACUGGUGAAGAUCUUGCUGUUAGGAGCAGGCGAAAGUGGCAAGUCAACUUUCCUCAAACAAAUGCGCAUAAUUCAUGGGCAGGACUUCGAUCAGCGGGCCAAAGAAGAGUUCCGGGCUACAAUCUACAGCAAUGUUAUCAAAGGUGUCCGAGUGCUGGUGGAUGCCCGUGAGAAGCUGCACAUCCCUUGGGGUGAUCCUGAGAAUCAGGUUCACGGGGAGACAGUGAUGGCCUUUGACACCCGCUCAUCCAUGAUGGCUAAAGGGAUGGUGGAGACCAAAGUCUUUCUGAAUUACCUGCCCUCCAUAUGUGCCCUGUGGCAAGACAAUGGUAUUCAGAAUGCCUACGACAGACGGAGAGAGUUUCAGCUGGGUGAAUCUGUGAAGUAUUUCCUGGACAAUGUGGAUAAACUUGGACAAUUGGACUACUUGCCCAGCCAAAAGGAUAUACUGCUGGCACGAAAGCCCACCAAGGGUAUCCAUGAGUACGACUUUGAGAUCAAGAAUGUUCCUUUCAAGAUGGUGGAUGUGGGAGGGCAGCGGUCAGAGCGCAAGCGAUGGUUCGAGUGCUUUGACUCUGUGACCUCCAUCCUCUUCCUAGUCUCAUCCAGCGAAUACGAUCAGGUGCUCAUGGAAGACCGUCAGACCAACAGGCUCACAGAGUCGCUCAGUAUCUUCGAGACUAUCGUCAACAACCGCGUCUUCGCCAACGUCUCCAUCAUUCUCUUCCUCAAUAAGACAGACUUGCUGGAAGAAAAAGUUAAUAAUGUGAACAUCAAGGACUACUUCCCCGAGUUCACAGGGGAACCCCAUAAUCUGCUGGACGUGCAGAAGUUCCUGGUCGAUUGCUUCCGUAACAAGCGUCGUGAACCGCAGCAGAAGCCCCUUUAUCAUCACUUCACCACCGCCAUUAAUACAGAGAACAUUCGACUCGUCUUCCGUGAUGUCAAAGACACCAUCUUGCACGACAACCUUAAGCAGCUUAUGUUACAAUGAAAGGCACCGAUUGGCCUAUAAGAACUUUCAAUUUUAAUUAGGUUUUUACUUUAUUUAAUACAAAGUACAAGUGGUUCAAUACAUAUUGUGGUUGAAGAAAAAUAGGAUAAUUAUGCAACUGUAAUUUUGCAUAUCAUUACAGUCAUAUAUAUGCAGAUUUGAUAUAAAAGCAACGUCUUUAAGCUGCUUAUAGCCGUAUCAGAUAUGCCAAGGAAUGGUCCUCAUUUAUUCACCAAAAUGCUGUAAUUCUGAUCGUUUACUGUAUGCUUAUGAGCACAUAUUUUCGUAUAAUGGAACUGUUAACACUCCUGUAACCCAUAGGCUUAACACCUGGUUUUGAUACAGUUUUUAAAAAAGAAAGUGUGAGAACUCAGGGCUUUAAAUCUUUAAUUCAAAGAGCUCUUCUGAUCCAGUCAGCAGUUGUUUAUGGGCUUGACGAGUCUGGUUAUAUAUAUAUAUAUAUAUAUAUAUAUAUAUAUAUAUAUGGCACUAGUGUCCUUUUUUUAUGGUAGUAGAACAUGGUUUCACCGCCUUUGUCUUCCCACACUCAAAAUAACUUUUUGUUGUACUCUGAUCAUGACAUUAAAUUAGUAAAAUUAAGGUACUUUUGUAUUGAAGUACUUAAUUUUUAUUUUAUUUUUUUAUGUAAAGGGAAAGUGUCUUUGUUUGUCAUUCAAGCCUGUACAGAAUGCAUCUCUACAUACAAUUUAUUUUGCUCUGACACUCCCCGUCCCCUCCCCUCCAAGCUGUAUAUUUUAUACACUAACGUAAUACCAUACAUUUAUUGUAUGUAUUCUAGAAGCCCUGAAAUUCAAUACCGUUUUUAUUAUUAUUAUUAUUAUUAUUAUUAUUAAUUCACUUUAAAAACAGAAAGUGGCCUUAUGUUCUUUGCUCCUGUGUAGGUUAAAGUGGACAGCUUUAGCUCAGGAUUUUAUAAAAUGACUGUUAAAGCAGUCCAGGUGUAUUUCUGUGUAUACUACAGACUUUUCUUUUUUAAACGGGCCAAACAAAGUCACCUUUGCCUUAAAUGUCUGUAGAUCAAAUCAAAGCUGGUUUGAUGCAAGACGAAAUGAAAGGGACUAAGUCUUAAUAUAAUCUUAAUGAAAACAAGCACUGUAAUCUGAGUGUUGGUAGUAAAUUGAUAUUAACUGAUUGCCUGAAUUUGUUCAUGCAAUGCUGUCUAUCUUUGUCAUGACCUCAAUCACUUGCUUUUUGUAUAGUUUUU